AUGGAACCAUCUGAUCCCAGUGCCCAUGAAAGAGCUGAGGGCGGAAAGAAGUCACAAAUCCAGUCUGAUAACAUGUCGAUAUCUCAGCCUGGCUCUAAAGAAGAGAAAUCAGAUCAAAUCGUUGAAGCUAACCCAUUAGCUUCUGUUGCAAGUUUACCGUGUUCAAAGUUCUUGACGAGUCAACACGGAGACACGAGUUUUCCUGAAGGUCCAGUUGAGCCCGCAACUCUGUUAUCUGAGGUCAAGCAAGAGCCAUACAACCUUCCUUCUCAGUAUGAAUGGACCACAUGUGAUUUGAAGUCUGAUGAUAUGUGUACAGAAUUGUACAACUUUCUCAAGCUACACUUUGGUACCGGCCAGUUGUUCCAGGAAACUUAUUCCAUGGAGCUUCUAAGGUGGGCAUUGUGUCCACCUGGUUACUACCAGAGCUGGCAUAUUGGAGUCCGGGUAACGACCUCGAAGAAACUCGUUGCUUUCAUCAGUGGCGUGCCAGAAAGAAUUAGGGUGCAUGAUGAGGUUGUCAAGUUUGCCAAGAUAAAUACCUUGUGUGUUCACAAAAAGCUCAGGUCAAAGAAACUUGCUUCUGUCAUGAUCAAGGAGGUGACUAGAAGGGUUCACUUGCAGGAUAUAUGGCAAGCGGCUUAUAGCUUACCUGAUAUUCGUGCUAAACCAGCGUCUAGUAUCGUCUGCCAUUGCGAAUACUGGCUAAGAAUGUUAAACCCGAAGAAGCUAAUGGAUGUUGAGUUUACAUCUGGUGGUCAUGACAAAGUGAAAACAAGGAUGACCAUCAAACUUUACAAGUUACCAGAUGCACCGAUCACUCCUGGAUUCAGGGGAAUGGAACUACGUGAUGUCCCUGCUGUUACAGGGUUGCUCAGGAACUACCUUAGGCAGUUUGGAGUUGCAACUGACUUUGAUGAAAACGAUGUCAAGCACUGGCUUCUCCCAAGAAAAGACGUCGUCCACAGUUACGUAGUAGAAUGUCCUGAAACUCAUGACGUCACUGACUUCUGCAGCUUCUACUCUGUCUCUUUAUCUAUCGACAAAAACCUGGAAUACAAGACAGUGGAGUGUGCUUAUUCUUACUACAAUGUCGCGACAAAGACCUCGUUGCCCCAGCUGAUGAAUGACGCCCUAAUCGUCUCUAAACAAAAAGGUUUUGAUGUGUUCUACGCCUUGGAUGUGAUGCACAAUGAGAGUUUCGUCAAAGAGUUGAAGUUUUAUCGAGGAGAUUCACAGAUGCAGUACUACUAUCUCUAUAAUUACCGCUUAAGAAGUGCAUUGACGCCAUCACAAUUUGGCCUUGUUUUCUGA